UGUUCCCAAGAUGGCGGCCCUCAGGGCUCUGGUGUCCGGUUGUGGGCGGCAGCUCCAAGCGUUCCUGGCAGGCCCCGCCGCGACCGGUUGGUUAUGGCUUCCAGCUCGCGGGUUGAGAGAAGUGGUGAAGAUCCAAGAAGGGAAGACGACUGUAAUUGAAGGCCGAAUCACAGAAACUCCCAAGGCGACUCCAAAUCCCCCUAACCCCUCAGGCCAGUGCCCCAUCUGCCGUUGGAACCUGAAGCACAAAUAUACCUAUGAGGAUGUUUUGCUGCUCAGUCAGUUCAUCCGGCCUCACGGAGGCAUGCUGCCCCGGAGUGUCACCGGCUUGUGCAAGGAGGAACAUCGAAAAAUCGAGGAGUGCGUGAAGAUGGCUCAUCGGGCAGGUCUGUUCCCAAAUCACAGACCACAGCUUCCAGAGGGAUGCUUACCAAAGGAUAAACCCAAGCUCAACCGCUAUCUGACUCGCUGGGCUCCCAAGUCUGUCAAGCCCAUCUACAAAAAAGGUCACCGUUGGAACAAGGUGCGUAUGGCUGUGGGGUCACCACUCCUCAGAGACAAUGUGUGCUACUCCAGAAGGCCUCUGAAGCUGAUGCAUUAAUGAGGGCAACACUGCUGACGACCUGACAGAACCCUCCAGAAGAUGCACUUGCCCCUCCCACCAGAACUACUGUCCUUCACAAACAGCACAAGGAUGUUGGAACUAACUUCUGUUCCUUGGAUCUCCUGGCCACUGUGGUCUUCUGACUGGCUGGGGCUGAGGUCGGAGCUGGGGCAGGAGACUUACCCAAGGAAAUGUAAUAAAGCAGGCUCUUUGCUUCCCCGUG